AUGGGUGGGAUCCCACCAGUUUCUGCAAUCUACGAUCUAGUCUUUGAUCAUCGGAAAUCCAUAUCACGUCAGAUUCGUGAGGUGACUAUAGGCCGAUACGAUAUGUGCUGCAGUUUCGAAGACACUGGAAAACAUUCGACAUCGCAUUUGACAAAUCUCUCGACCGUUAGGAAUCAAGACUCUGCUCGUCAUAAAAGAAGGACAUUAGCAGCGAAAAAUGGUUUACCUGUGAACACUGCAAGCAAUCUGCUUUUGCGCGACAUCUCCGCUCCUGGGGGCGGUGUGGCGCAGUCGGUCCGUCCGCUACGUCAACAACAUUCACCAAGUUCAUUUCAGAUUUCACUUAGGUACCACUGCUGUUUCCCCGCACAACUUCGCCUCAAAUACACUGCCAAAUUCAAUAAAAUGUUUAAGAACGUUAGAUCAGAGGAUGGGCAUGUCGAAUUGGAUGAGAUCAAGGCGACCUGCGAACGACACGCAGAUCUUUGUCGACAAUACGCUAAGUGCAGCAUGGAUUUGCAGAUGAACGACGCGCAGCUGGAAAUCCUCUCCGAAACAGCCGAAAAUCUGCGACAACGUCACGCACAGAUCAGAAGGAACAUAGACGAGAAACCGCACUCUCCGAAAGAGCUCGAAGCACUGGAAGCGGAAGUUGCUAGCGUGAUCCGGCAAGUGGCUGUCUGGACAAUGGAGCUCGAGGAGGUGAAUGCGAGCCGACUGCAAAUCGAGAUUCGUUUCCUGCAGUUGGGGUCAGAGCUGAAGAAAAGCGUUACAUGCGUACAACUGGCAUCCAUCGACUUUGAGCUUAUCCAACUGAGACACAACGAGCGAUGGAGACGUUUUCUUGCUGACCAUGUUCCCUCGGAAAAACUGCUAACUCUCGCCAAGGUGCCAUCGUAG